AUGUAUGAUUCACUUGUAACUUGCAGACUAUUUUUCUUUACUUCUCCCUCACCUACAGUUAAUUUACUGGCAAUUGUCAUUCUGUCCCGUGGAAAAUGUGGCUUGUCUUCAUGCACCACAUGCUAUCGACUAGCCAUGGCAAUAGCUGAUCUCCUAGUCGUCAUAACUGACUUCAUACUGAUACACAUCAAUCAUUAUUAUUUUCCUGCAACUUACCUGAACAUCACGCCUGUGUGUAGUGUAAUUUAUGUCCUGAGUCGUGCUGCCAGAGACUGUUCAGUCUGGUUCACUGUCACUUUUUCCUUUGAUCGAUUUAUCGCCAUUUGUGGCCAGAAGCUCAAAACAAAAUACUGCACAGGGAAAACAGCAGCUCUGGUUCUGUCAACAACUUACAUUCUGUUCUGUGUAAAGAAUAUCCCUUUCUAUGUAACAUUUGAACCGCAAAAGAUAAUCAACAAUGUACCGUGGUUCUGUAUGAUAAAGUCAAGCUAUUAUACCGAGCCUGCUUGGAAAGGAUUUGACUGGUUUGAUGCAGUUUUAACCCCUUUGCUUCCAUUUGUUUUAAUUCUGUUAUUUAAUGCUCUGGUAGUCAGAUAUAUUUUAGUGGCCAGUCGUGUUCGUAAAGGACUGAAGGAUCCGAGCAAGGGCAAGAAUCAAAAUGACCCAGAAAUGGAGAACAGAAGGAAGUCCAUGAUUAUACUUUUCUCCAUAUCAGGUAGCUUUAUACUUCUGUGGUUAGUAUUUGUUUUAUUCUUCAUAUACUAUUACAUUGCAGGAACAAAUCCCAAUUAUUACUCUGGCUCCGUACAUAUCUUUCUACAUGUUGGUUUUAUGCUGGUGGGAUUAAAUUGCUGCACAAACACUUUUAUUUAUGCAGUCACUCAGUCCAAGUUCAGAAACCAGUUCAAAAGCUUGUUAAAAUAUCCAGUCACAUUAUUAACACUCUUAGUUAAUAAAGAGAACUAG